AACCCCGCGGCCCGGUGCUCCCCUCCCCUUCCUCCCCGUAAUUAAUAAACAUCCGAAUCCCCAGUCCAGAUCGCCGUCACAUCGCAGCAGGAGGGGAGAGUCCCCAGGGUCCCGGACCGAAUCCAUUUCCAGACACCAAGGCCAAGCAAGAUCCAUCCAUCUCCCUCUCUCUCUUUCGCUCCAGCCAGCCAUCCUUCCUCUUUCUUCGUUCUUGGUGCUCUGAUCUCAUCGCUCAUUCGAGUCCAAUCCGAUCCGAUCCGACCAACCAACCGCUGUGAAUGAUGGCGCUCAACCUGGCCCACCAGACCGGCGCGGCCGUGACGGCGGCACCGACGGCGCCACGCUCCGCCGUCGUCGCGGCGGCCGCCACCGUGUCGGCGCCGUCCGCGUCGGCGUCCGCCGCCCCGGCGCCCGCGCUCCAGAUGCAGACGAUGACGGUGGACGCGGCGCCCGCGCAGGCGCCGGACGCCGUGAAGCCAGACCUCGCCAUGGCGUGCCAGGCGCUGGUGGAAGGAAGCACGCCCGACGAGGCGCAGCACGCCGACGUCGCCGCCGAGCUCAAGACCAAGGCCGGUGUGCCCGUCUUCGUGAUGAUGCCGCUCGACACCGUGCGUAAGGACGGCAACUCGCUCAACCGCCGGAAGGCCGUCGAGGCCAGCCUGGCGGCGCUCAAGAGCGCCGGGGUGGAAGGCAUCAUGGUGGACGUCUGGUGGGGCAUCGCCGAGGCUGAUGGCCCCGGGCAGUACAACUUUAACGGGUACAUGGAGCUCAUGGAGAUGGCCAGGAAGACCGGGCUCAAGGUCCAGGCCGUCAUGUCCUUCCACCAGUGCGGCGGCAACGUCGGCGAUUCAGUCACCAUACCACUUCCGAGAUGGGUUGUGGAGGAGAUGGACAAGGACCAGGACCUGGCCUACACCGACCGGAGCGGCCGCCGGAACUACGAGUACGUCUCCCUCGGCUGCGACACGCUGCCCGUGCUCAAGGGCCGCACGCCCAUCCAGUGCUACGCCGACUUCAUGCGCGCCUUCCGCGACCACUUCGCCACCUUCAUGGGCAACACCAUCGUGGAGAUCCAGGUCGGCAUGGGCCCUGCCGGCGAGCUGCGCUACCCGUCCUACCCGGAGAGCGACGGCACCUGGUCCUUCCCUGGCAUCGGCGAGUUCCAGUGCUAUGACAGGUACAUGUUGAGUAGCUUGAAGGCGGCUGCUGAGUCGGUGGGCAAGCCGGAGUGGGGCAACGGUGGUCCGGGCGACGCCGGCGGCUACAAGAACUGGCCUGAGGACACGGGCUUCUUCCGUCGCGAGGGCGGGUGGAGCAACGAGUACGGGCAGUUCUUCAUGAGCUGGUACUCGCAGAUGCUCCUGGAGCACGGCGAGCGCAUCCUGUCGGCGGCGACGGGGGUGUACACGGGUUCCCCCGGCGUGAAGAUCUCGGUGAAGGUGGCCGGGAUCCACUGGCACUACGGCACCCGGUCGCACGCGGCGGAGCUGACGGCGGGGUACUACAACACCCGGCACCACGACGGGUACGCGCCCAUCGCGCGCAUGCUGGCGCGCCACGGCGCCGUGCUCAACUUCACGUGCGUGGAGAUGCGGGACCACGAGCAGCCGCAGGACGCGCAGUGCAGGCCCGAGGCGCUGGUGCAGCAGGUGGCGGCCGCGGCGCGGGAGGCCGGCGUCGGGCUGGCGGGCGAGAACGCGCUGCCGCGCUACGACGAGACGGCGCACGACCAGGUGGUGGCCACGGCGGCCGACAGGGCCGCCGAGGACCGCAUGGUGGCGUUCACGUACCUGCGCAUGGGGCCCGACCUGUUCCAGCCCGACAACUGGCGCCGCUUCGCCGCCUUCGUCAAGCGCAUGUCCCAGCCGGGCGCACGGGACGCGUGCCGGGAGCAGGUGGAGCGCGAGGCCGACGGCGUCGCGCACGCCACCCAGCCGCUCGUGCACGAGGCCGCCGUCGCGCUCACCAACUGACCUCGAUCUGAUGCGCGCGGUGGCCGGCGUUCCCACCCUCUUUGCCUGCCCGUGUUCACUAGUAGACGGUGUUAUGUACGCUACUCUACUACCUCCUCCUCAGUACCUAAUCAUACAUAAGCUGUGCGCCCGCCGGCGUGUCGUCGAUUGGUGCGUGCGCCGCGCAAUAGUGUACGUAAAAGGGAUGCUGCGACCGAGGUAGGGGUCGGUGACUGGGUACGGGGUACGGUACACGUUGGAGGCUUUGGCGUUGGUCAGAGCUUGGCAGGAGAUGGGUUUGAUGUUCUGCUGCUGUGUUACUAUCCUACACGUACAGAAUCAUGAUUUGUACUGCUAUAAUUUGAAACAAAGAAACGAACUUUUCAAAACGUA